AUGGCAGAAUCAAAGCAGGCACCGCUGUCAGAACUGGUAGAGCCGAAGCGAGAAGGCGAAGAAUAUUCACCGGCAGCGUCCCCGGCGGAUACGACAGAAGACACCACCGACGAGGGACAAGACGGUGCGUCCUGCUCACCGGCCCGCGAGUCAGCGGAAGCAGCAGCGGAAGAUGACGAGAAAGGCGAAGCGAAAGCAACAUACAAACAAGAAGCAGAAACAGCAGACGAGGAAUCCACACCGAACCGAAGCGUAAAGGAGACAGUUGGUGAGAAGGUAGCAGCAGCAGCACCAGCAGCACCAGAAGAUUCAUCCGUUCCGAAGCAAGAAAUCGUGUCGAGCGAGCUGGUGACGGUAAAGGUGGAGGGUGAAACAAAGGAACCUACACCACCGGUAACCAUGGCGAUGCAGCAGACGGUCGUGCCUGGUGAUGACGGCGACGGUGGCGGUGUGGAUGAUGCGAACAGUGAACCAAAGGUAUCGGGUGCAGCUGUUGAGCUGAAAGGCGAAAGUCGCAAACGGUCGCAGUCCGAGCAUAGUAGGCGCAGCAGGAGCAGCAGCAGCAGCAGUACCAGCAGCAACGGAAACAGUACGAGCGCGGAAGGUCGUAGCAACACUAGCCACAGUGGUGGUAGCAGCAGCCAGUGCAGUAGCAACAGCGACAGUGAGGGUGUCAGUGCGGCGAAAAAGGUGAAAUUGGAACCGGUGCUGGAGGAACCGUCGACGAAGCGUGCGGAGGAGGACCAAGAGAAGACUGAAACGGUGGAUGGGGUUGGGAUGGACGAGGUGCGAGCCAGGUCAGAAUCUCCCCGGUGCGCCGAGAUGGACGGAAAGGAGGGCCAAGGGGCGGCAAUAGCUGGCCCGGAAGAGCAACCAACGUCGGGUGAAUCGUUAAACCUGGCGGUGGCAACGAACCCCUGCUCACCGUCAGCACCGUCUGCUCCCGCCGAGAGCUCGCCCAUCCACGGGCAGACAACACCGAAGAUGGAACAGCAGCAGCAGAACGGCCGCGAGGAAGGAAACAACCCGGACACGCUGUUACUUCCACCGCCUCCACCACCACCACCACCACCACCAGCAACCCCUUCAAUGCACCGCAUUGAGGCGGAGGUGGCGCGUACGGCGGUGGGGAAGCUAUCCGUCGUGGCACCGAUACUGGAGCGGCCGGAUUCGGCCCGGCUGACGGCAGAUCUCCAAAGCUGUCAGCGGCAGCUAGCCGAGGUACGCUCGAAGUACGACGUCACGCGCAAGGAACUGCACGCGACCAAGCGCAAGCUGAAGCGCAUGUCGGUGCGGUUGGGCACGAUGACGGGCGGUGGUGGUGGGUCGGCUGCCCCCGGUGGGGCCACCGCCGGCAAUGCGUCGCCCCAUCCGCUCACCGUCGGGCCGGCGGACGAGGACCGCAACCGGAAAUGGCGCGAACCGAUGAUAGUGGCGGCGAUGAAGAUCAAGACAGCGAUGGGCAUCCAGGCGUACAAGUCGCUGAUCAAGGACGGCGAGCUGCUGCUACCGAGCCUCCGUACCAUCACCCGCUACCUGGAGUCGCUGCGGAAGGCGGGUGGAGGUGGGGCGGCGGCUGCCGCCCUCGCGAAUGCCGGCGCUGCCGCGGUCCCGAAGAUGACCGGCCCGAUCGAGGUGGACGACGUGCCGGAAGAGGACGACGAUGAGGAGGACGAGGAGGAAGUGGACGGUGUGGUGCGGGUGGACGGUGGUGUGCUACAGCGCCGGGCCAUGGACCAUGCCGGCGGGAAGAGGAAACAGCCGAAGGCCAAUGGGGGCGGUACGGGGCGGACGGUCGAUCACAAUCGGAACGAGCAGCGGAGACAUCCGCCGUACAGUGCCCACCGCCAUCAUGCACCGGAUGUGCAGCUGCAGGAUAUUAAGACGGAGCCGGAUCCCGUCAGCUUUACCGCAUCACCCGAUAUAAACUACUACCAGCACAAUGCGGACGAUGAUGAUGAUGAAGAUGAGGAUGGAUACCAAGAUCCAACUUCCCUGCUGGAGGAAAGCCGUUAUGGGGAAGCUGGUGGAAUGCAUUUGAAUGGAGAAGACGGCAGCUAUCACUAUGGUCAGCAGGGACAGCAACCGCAGCAGCAGCAAACUCUAUCACAGGCACAGAUUGAGUUCCUCAAGUCGAUGGUAGGCUUCCGGAAGAAAUGGACACCGUACGAGCUGCGAACGUGCAACGACAUCCGGCGCAUCAUUGGUAGCCGGGAGUAUGAAUCAUUGCGCCGGAAGGACGGUAUGCCACUGCCCAGUGUGAAGACGCUUCGGAAGUACCGCCACGCAGCCCACCUGCCGGACGGUGUGGAUGUCAUGGGUCGGAAGCGUAAGCUGAACGAUUUGGACGACUCGCCCACCAAUCAAUCGCGCACGGUGCCACGAUACGGAUCUGGAGGAAGCGGAGCAGAACCCGGUACUGGCCCGGACAACGGUUCCGGAGUACUAUUUCCGUUCGGGAACGACACAGAUAAGGAGUUGCUCAAACCGGAGCAUGAUCCCGAUGGUGGUCAUUUCGAUGUGAGCAUACUAACGCUGCCACAGAUUAGUUUCCUGCAAACGCUGACCAUGAACACGAAAGGGUUUUCCGAUUACGAGCUGCAGCGAUCGCUUGAACUGAAGAAUGAGCUUGGCAGUGGUAACUACGAAACGCUGCGGAAGCAAGAGUUUCUUAACAUUCCUACGCUGGCAAUGCUAACGCGCUAUGAGCAGGAUAACGGGCUGGAAGAUCUUUCACGUCUGAACGGUCGCCGGGCUGCUGGCAACGGUCGAAAGCGCCAUAAAUCAGACGAAUCAGCGCUUGAGCUGGUACAGGAGCAGGAAGAGCGGAGAAACCGCGAACUCGAGGAGCAACAGGCACGCGAGCAGCAGCAGCAAGAGCAGGAGCAAGAGCAACAACGGCAACUGGAACUGUACAACCGAUUGACACAGGCAGAUCCGUCGCGUCAUCCGCUGUUCGAUAGUAUCGCCGGAGAUACCUCUCCCAUUGAGGGUGUAGAUCCGGCGUUAACAGCGGCCGCUAUUGCAUCGGCAAUGGCUGCAGCAGCCGCAGCUGGUUUACAUCAUCCGCAACUGGACCACCUGAACGGCAGUACGGCCGGUGGAGAAGAUUCGUCAAUGAGCAUGUUCGAACAUCACUCGAUCUUCGACAAGGACACACCGAUGUUCGACAUGACCAAGCUGUCGCCGGCACAUGUAGAGUUUCUUAACACACUGCCCGAGAAUCCGAAGCGAUGGACGCAGGAGAUGAUCAAUUCGGCACUCGAUAUCAAGAACGAAAUCGGCACGCGGGACUACGAAAUUCUGCGUCGACAGGGAAUUCCGCUACCAGCGGCCCGAACAUUGCGAAGGCACAAAGACAUUCGCAACAAGGCAGAUCGGGCGAUGAGCGAAACGGGCGAAAUUUUGCCCGGUAGUGGUUCCACCACACCUGCAGCAGGAGUUGUUGGCGGUAGUGGAUAA